UUUUUUAACCUUCAAAAUAAUAUAUGAAAAUAAUUUUCAAAAAUAGCUAGCUUGGAAAUGGCUAGCAUAUUAUUUAAAAGUUUUAAUUAUAAAUUAACAAAUUAUUCGAUUAGAUUAUCAUGUAUACGUAGAAAUUAUAGUGUAUUAAGUGAUAAAUAUGACUGUCGUUGCAAGUUUAAAUCAAGAAUUACUACUCAAUUUGACGUUCAAAAAUCAACUACAGCGUCCAAUGUAGAUAAAAAACCAAAAGAUGCUGUGCUACCUAAUGUAUUAGUUAAGAAAGUUACAAAUCCAUUUACUUCUAAAGCUCAGCCCAGUCGAGGAUGCUUUCAUCCAGGAGCUUCUUUCAUAUCACGAGAAAAUAUACCAAUGAAUGAAAAAGAACAGAUCACUGGCCGAGACAUGAUAAGAGCUAUGCUUACAUAUAUUUGGCCAGCAGAGGAUAAGAGUAUAAGGCAAAGAGUACUAGUAGCUGUGGGACUACUAAUAAGUGCCAAAAUGGUUAAUAUAGCAGUGCCAUUUAUUUUUAAAUAUGCAGUGGAUUACUUAAAUGUUUCACACACUUUAAAUAUGGAUACAGCUCCAGAAACGAUAGCUACUGUAGCAACAUCAUUAUUGCUUGGAUAUGGUGUAGCUCGUGCAGGAGCAGCAGGAUUUAACGAAUUAAGAAAUGCUGUAUUUGCAAAAGUGGCUCAACACUCGAUUAGAAAAAUUGCAAAGAAUGUUUUCCUUCAUUUACAUAAAUUAGAUUUAUCAUUUCAUUUAAGUAGACAAACAGGAGCACUUUCCAAAACAAUUGACCGGGGCUCCAGAGGAAUUAAUUUUGUCUUGUCAGCAAUGGUUUUUAAUAUUGUGCCAACAGUGUUUGAAUUAACCCUUGUGUCCACAAUUUUAGCUGUAAAGUGUGGACCAGCAUUUGCAGGUAUUUCCCUUGGUUGUGUGGCAUUUUAUACAAUGUUUACGUUGCUGGUGACACAGUGGCGCACUAAAUUUCGAGUGUAUAUGAAUAAAGCUGAAAAUGAAGCUGGAAAUAAAGCAAUUGAUUCUCUAAUUAAUUAUGAAACUGUAAAAUAUUUUAACAACGAAAAAUACGAGGCCGAAAAAUACGAUGUUUCGUUGAAAAAAUAUGAAGAAGCUAGUCUGAAAACUAGUACAAGUUUGGCUUUGCUUAAUUUCGGGCAAAAUGCUAUAUUCAGUGCAGCUCUCAGUGCCAUAAUGGUCCUUGCAGCCAAAGAUAUUAUUAAUGGAAAUAUGACCGUUGGAGAUUUGGUCAUGGUAAAUGGAUUACUUUUUCAACUUUCAAUCCCUCUCGGUUUUCUCGGUAGCGUUUACAGGGAAGUCCGACAGGCUUUAAUUGACAUGCAAACUAUGUUCACAUUAAUGACAAUGGACUCAAAAAUAAAGGCAAAAGAUGAUGCAGUUCAUUUAAUCCUAGAUUCUACAAAUGCGAGCAUUUCUUUUGAAAACGUUUCAUUUGAUUAUGGUCCUGGAAAAGAAAUUCUUAAGGAUCUUAACUUAUUUAUCCCAGCUGGGAAAAAGAUUGCUAUUGUAGGAGGAUCGGGAUCAGGGAAGUCUACCCUCGUGAGACUUCUCUAUCGUUUUUAUGAACCGAAAGGUGGCAAAAUAUUCUUAAGUAAUUACAAUAUUGACGAGUUGGACUUGGAUUGUCUAAGGAAAUCUAUUUCCAUCGUGCCACAGGACUCAGUCCUUUUUCACGACACGAUCUUUUACAAUUUGCACUAUGGCAAUUUGAAAGCUACUAAAGACCAAGUGAUAGAGGCUGCUAAAAUGGCUGAAUUACACGAUUCUAUUGUAACGUGGCCGCAUGGAUACGAUACUCAAGUGGGUGAAAGGGGCCUGAAGUUAUCCGGGGGAGAGAAACAGAGGGUGGCCAUUGCUCGGGCUAUACUUAAGAAUGCGCCUAUUUUGAUUUUUGACGAAGCUACCAGUUCCCUCGACAGUAUCACAGAACAGAAUAUAUUAAAAGCUUUAAAGCGUGCCACAGAAGGCAGGACAAGUAUUUGUAUAGCUCAUCGUCUCAGUACCGUAAUGGAUGCUGAUGAAAUAGUCGUACUCCAAGAUGGUCGUAUUUCCGAAAGGGGUACACAUGAUGUUUUAAUAUUAAAUCCCGAUAGUUUGUAUCGUAAAUUGUGGCAGAGUCAAAAUCAGUCAGCAAUAUUUAAUAUUGAAAGACAAAGUGCUAAAGCUUAGAAUAAAACUGGCAUAUAAAUAAAUGUAAAUAGGAAAUUGUAAAUAAUAUUAACGUAAGAAAUUAAAAAAUAUUUUACAGUUCCUUAGGGAAGAUACAGUUUUCGUAUUUGUUGUAAUAUAAUUUUGAUUUAAGUACAUACUUUAAAAUACU